AUGGAACCCGAUACUGAAACUGCCCGUCAUGAGCUUGCACAACACAUGAACCUAGAUAAUAUUGAAGGAAGUGCCGCUUUUUACCCUGAGACGCAAAGCUUGCUAGUUACACCUCCGCAAAUGAAAAAUAAUAUAUUUGGGGCAACCGAAGCUAUUGCAGAGACGCAAGAUAAAAACAGUUUUUAUAAAAGCCCUAGUUACAACCCCUUGGAAUCACAGUUUCAACCCACGGAUAUACAUGAACUCUCAUCUAACAGCAUGUAUGUCUAUACGUCAUCGGGAUCAUCUUCUAAUAUCGGAUCACCGCUAUCUCCUCAAGGAUACCUCAACCCUUUCGGAUAUAAUUUGAUGGUUCCUGAGUGGUCGCUACCAGGACAAAAUUCUACCGAAAAUUUCAGCAUCAAACCCGGGUUUUUGUGUCAAGGAAGCAGUGAGCUGAGCUAUUUAGCUCAGACCCUGGAGGAGUUUUCACCGAAAGAAAAAACUAUAAAAUCUACUAACAAUAUAUUUCUAGAAACAACCUCGACUCAAAAUUCACAGUAUAUCAAUGAAAACAAAUUAAUUUUUCAAGCUGAUCCUAAUGAGGUAAAACCUGCUGACCUGCAGAUAUUUUCAACACUCACACACGAAAACAAAAUUUACCAACCGGAGAAUGGAAAAUGCACGUCCCUUGUCAACACUAGCUCUCCUUAUCUUUCUUCAGCUUCGCCGUUGUGUCAGGAAAUUUCUCCUAUAAUCCAUCAUGACCGAGUAAACAAGCUUGGAAACGUUGAUCAUUCAGUAAAAACAAAAUGCACAUAUCCAGAUUGUGGAAAAAUCUUUAAGGACCUUAAGGCUCACAUGCUGACCCAUCAGAAUGAACGCCCAGAAAAAUGCCCUAUCGUGACUUGCGAAUACCACGUUAAGGGGUUUGCAAGAAAGUAUGACAAAAAUCGGCAUACUCUAACACAUUUUAAGGGCACAAUGAUAUGUGGCUUUUGUCCUGAAACAAAGCCUUCCACCAAAAAGGCCUUUAAUCGUGCAGAUGUUUUUAAACGACACUUAACAUCUGCUCACGCUGUAGAGCAAUCCCCUCCCAACUCAAAGAGGAAGGUCUCAAAAUCAGAAGUCUCCGAUAGACAUGGAAAAGGCCUAAAACAACCAUCAAAAGCAUCCGGAAAAUGCUCCACAUGUUUAGAAAUUUUUGGCAGCGCUCAGGACUUUUAUGAGCAUCUUGAUGAUUGUGUACUCCAGACAGUACAGAGACAAGACCCGUCGGAGGUUAUUAACAUAGCCCGUCUAGCCGAGGUUGAGCAUGACCAGGACGUCCAAGAUACAUUGAGAAUGAAUGCAGUUAUGUCCAUACCAAAGUCUGAUGGGCUUCAAAUCGAAGAUUUGUCUAAAAAUGAAUUCGGACAUGUCUAUCCUAAAAACUUGGCAUCGCAAAAACACCGAACUGCACAAAAGACGUUGGAAAAUUCUCGCAAGCUUAAACGGCGACCACACUCUAAAUUCUUAGCUGUACAGAAUAUCAAGAGCAGUAAAAGAGGCAAAGAACUCCCGCUUUCUUGGGCCUGUCCAUCUCAAAUUAAAUCUAAAAAGAGGGUUCUGUGCCUCUUUAAUGGGCCUCGACGGUUUUGGAAAGACGAGAUUAAUCUUGAUAUUAAUCAUAAAUCUGAGCUAAAAUUAGAUUCAAAUCAUAAUUUUUUGGGUGGUAUUGAUGCACAAACAUUGCAUCGAGCAAAUUCUAUGCACACUGCUGCUGAAGAAAAUCCUGACCUAUAUCUCUCAGGGGAUAUAAGUAGCUUAUUCUUCAUGAAAUCAAAACAUAGGGAAAGUAUGCAGUCCUCUUCUACAUGA